ACAACCACUGCAGCUCCUGCUACUACAACUACAACUUCAGCUCCUACGACAACCACAACAACAGCACCUCCAACAACUGUAGCUCCCACGACAACUGCAGCUCUUACAACAACUUCAGCUCCUACGACAACCACAACAACAGCACCUCCAACAACUGCUGCUCCUACGACCACGGUAACUCCACAACCUACUACGACAACCAGUGCAGCUCCUACUACAACAACUGCUGUUCCAACGACCACAGUGACUGCAGCACCUUCUACAACAACUACAACUUCAGCUCCUACGACAACCACAACAACAACUGUAGCUCCCACGACGACUGCAGCUCCUACAACAGCUUUAGCAUCUAUGACAACCUCUGCAGCUUCUGCUACAACAACUACAACUUCAGCUCCUACGACAACCACAACAACAACUGUAGCUCCCACGACGACUGCAGCUCCUACAACAGCUUUAGCAUCUACGACAACCUCUGCAGCUUCUGCUACAACAACUACAACUUCAGCUCCUACGACAACCACAACAACAGCACCUACAACAACUGCUGCUCCUACGACCACUGUAACUCCACAACCUACUACGACAACUUUAGCAUCUACGACAACCACUGCAGCUCCUGCUACUACAACUACAACUUCAGCUCCUACGACAACCACAACAACAGCACCUCCAACAACUGUAGCUCCCACGACAACUGCAGCUCUUACAACAACUUCAGCUCCUACGACAACCACAACAACAGCACCUCCAACAACUGCUGCUCCUACCACGGUAACUCCACAACCUACUACCACAACCAGUGAAGCUCCUACUACAACAACUGCUGUUCCAACGACCACAGUGACUGCAGCACCUUCUACAACAACUACAACUUCAGCUCCUACGACAACCACAACAACAAAUGUAGCUCCCACGACGACUGCAGCUCCUACAACAGCUUUAGCAUCUACGACAACCUCUGCAGCUUCUGCUACAACAACUACAACUUCAGCUCCUACGACAACCACAACAACAACUGUAGCUCCCAGCACUGCAGCUCCUACAACAGCUUUAGCAUCUACGACAACCUCUGCAGCUUCUGCUACAACAACUACAACUUCAGCUCCUACGACAACCACA